AGUCGGGCUGAUAAAGAGUGUUGGACUAUUGUCUCUACAUGUUUGUGAACUCAGCAAGGACAAACCUGCAAACCGUGGCAAAAACUUCAGCUCUUCUGUUUCUGAAGAUUUAGAAAUGUCAAUGGAUUUCAGUGGAUACUGGAAAAUGAUAUCCAAUGAGAACUUUGAAGAGUACCUGAAAGCACUAGAUGUAAACAUUGCUUUGCGGAAAAUUGCGGUUUUGCUGAAACCAGACAAAGAUAUUGCUCAGACUGGAGAUCACAUGAUCAUUAAAACCAUCAGCAGCUUCCGGAAUUAUCUCAUGGAAUUUGAUAUUGGCAAGGAGUUUCCUGAGGAUUUAACUGGCAUAGAUGACCGCCAAUGUAUGACCACAGUAAAUUGGGAUGGGGAUAAGCUUGUGUGUGUACAAGUCGGAGAGAAACAGGGUCGAGGAUGGACGCAGUGGGUAGAAGGUGAUGAACUGCAUCUGGAACUGCGGGUUGGCGACGUAAAAAGCAAACAAGUCUUUAAAAAAGUACAAUGAAGAACCUCGGCACACAAACGAAGACAAAACUUAAAGGAUUUGUGGUUGUUAAAGACAGAGAAUCUUGAGAGUCUCUAAACCCUUUAAUAUGAAGAGUAAAGCUGUUCAUAAUAUCAGUAAACACAGUUAACUGGUCACCUUUUUAAAAGUUCGAGGAAAUAACGCAUUCCCUGAAAAUAAUUUGAAUGUUAUUUGGAAGAAAAUUUAAACUAAUUUGAUCUCUUAGAUGUCUCAUUCUUUCUACAAAUAAUGGUUUAAUAAAUUGCAUUCAAUUUAGUAUUGGAUUUGAAUUUGCAACCUGUGAUAUCUCCUUUUAUCUUAUCUGUUAGAAUAUCACUUCUAUCUUCCUGUUUUCUAAUCACGGUCUCUGUGUCUUCUUGUCUAUCUGUCUUUCUCUCACAGUCUCAUUUUUAAAUCUCUUUUACCAAUUCAGUUGAGUGAAAUUUAAAAAAACAUUUUUCUUCCUAUUUUGCAUACACUGAUGUUAGUCAAUGUAGACUGAGAACUGUUUUUGCUGCUGCCCUGCAGAAACAUGGUGUUCACUCCCUUUGCACAGUGUGGUGCACUUUAUCCUUAGACCUGCACUUACUGCCUACUUUUAUGACUUGAACUUUGCAGCCUAAAUAAUUUUAAUGGACUACAUUUGAUUAGUCAACAUAUCUGACUUGAGUUAGGUAGCACUUGAAUAUUGGCCUGAUCUUUAUUGCUGUUACUUCUGCUCAAACAAAAUAGUUUUCUUAGGCAAAGUGAGCUUCGAUCAGCACUUCUGCAGGCUCUUUGUAGAAAAAACACUGAAUAUUAGUCCAUUUGAUUUAAAGUAAAUUGGAAGUUUUUUUUCACUGUACAAAUAACUCCUCCAAAGGUUUCAUGGCAUGAUGUAUUUUGUGAAUUUCACUAAAUGUAUUAACACACAUUUUAGUUCAUUCAUGGGAUAUGGCUGCCAUUGGCUAGACCAGCUCUUAUUGCCCAUCCUUAAUGGUCCUUGCAAAGCUGGUGGUGAGCUGGUUUUGAGCUGCCUUCUUGCAAAGUUGCAGUCCGAUUUGCGUAGGUACACUCUCAGUACUAUUAUGAAGGUAGUUCCAGGGUUUUGAGCUAGAGGCAGUGAAGGAACAAUGAUGUAAUUGCAAGGCAGGCCACUGUGUUGCUUGAAGGGGAACUUGCAAGUGGUGAUGUUUGCAUUAUCUGAUGCCCUUGUGAGGUGGUAGAGGUCAGGGUUUGGUAAGUGCAGAUGAAGAAGCUUUUGUGAGUUACUGUAGUGCAAAUCAUACAUGGCACACACAGCUGCUACUGUGUAUUGGUAAUGCAGAAAGUAAACAUUUAAGGUGGUGGAGUGAAAAUCAUGUAGGCUGUUUUGUCCUGAAGGCUGAUAUCAAGCUUCUUGAGUUUUGGUUUAUAAGUUUUCAGCAAUAUUGCCAGGCCCCAUAGCCUUUACAUAACCCAGCCAGUGCAAAUAAACGUUCAGUAGCACAAACUUUCAAUAUUGUUAAAAAUAAGCAGAGAGCCAAAGCUUUUCACCUUGCACUCAUUCAGAUUGAAAUUCAAGAAGUAAAAACAACUUCAGAAGGAAACAGCAAUUUAUAAAAAAAUCCAAUUCCUUCAGCCAUUUCCUUGAUAGCAUGGGAGGGAAGCUUGGAACCUCUGGAGUAAGUCUGAGAUGGAUCAUCCGUUCAGCAAAUCUGGAUGAAGGUGCUUAAUGCAGCUGGUACUCAUAAUUCAAAAUAAAAACUAUGUGCAUUAACUUGAGUGCAAAAGAUAAAGUAAGGUUCUUGUACUGUACCACAUACUUCCAGAUGUUAUAUAUGGAUCUGUAAAGGCUAACACUGAAGAGUGCCUAAGCAUCAUUCACUGUGAUGAUGUCAUUUGGACUUUUGGGCAAACCAUGUAGGCUCUGGAAGCAUUGAGACCUAACUGCUGAUCUUCCUUAUUGUCUCUGUAACAAUGGCCGCCAUGUCAAGUAACCCACAACUAGUUGUUAACAUGCAAUGAAGUAGAUCUUGAAGUGGUUUUGCUCAAUGACACUACUGUCAUAGCCGGCCCUAUUGUUUGCUAGAUGUAAAAAGCCUUGACAUAAGUAGCAGCUCAUAUAUUGGUGUGACCUGGAUGCCCUUGCAACAUUCUAAAGUGGAUUGGGGCACAGAAAAUGCUACUAGUGCUCUAUAGCAAACUUUCAAUGUUGCAUCUGCCUUUCCCAGCUCUGCUGAUGAGGGUAAACUGAGAAGCAGUACAUUAGAAAAAAUAAACCCAGGGUGGGAAAGUUGCAUUGCCUCUGUGCUGUCAGCUGAACCUAUGUGUGAAGAGCUGUUUGAAGUUUAGCAACAUUCCACAAUUUUGUGUGGAGUAAAGCUGUGACAAUUUCAAGUGUGCUGGGAGAACAUUGAACUGGACUGAAAUCUGUCACCCAGCAGCACUAGAAUCCUCCUUGUAACUUUUGUAUCGAAUACAUAACUCAUACUGGAGGAAUACAACUGUCAACACAAGUGGUAAAAAUCAAAUCAUGCCUUUGGUUUGUGUUGCUGCUAACUGACAUGCAGGAAUUCUAGUCCUGGUGCCAAGUAAUUAGAGUCUGAAAAUGUGAAUAACUGGGGAACACUUUACUCCUUGAUUGAAAUUAUGUAUAGAAGGGUUUGGUCUCAGCUGGGAAUUGUAUAUAAUGACAGUAACUGGUUUGACUCAUUGAUAUUCCAUGCUUAAAUCAGAUAUGUAUGUUUAUCUGCACUCAAUUAUAUCCCACAUGACAACAGCUCUUGAAAAGCAAUAACCCAUCUUCAGUGACUUGAUUAAAUGCUUUGACAGAUUUUAUCAAAUAUGACAGGUCCACAGAUUCCCUCAAUGAUAAGCAUUUCUCUUACUGUUUAGGUUAGCACUGCAGCCUCACAGCGCCAGGGACCCAGGUUCGAUUCCAGCCUCGGGCAACUGUCUGUGUAGAGUUUGCAUAUUCUCCCCGUGUCUGUGUGAGUUUCCUCCGGGUGCUCCGGUUUCCUCCCACAGUCCAAAGAUGUGCAGGCUAGGUGGAUUGGCCAUGCUAAAUUGCCCGUAGUGUUCAGGGGUGUGUGGAUUAUAGGGGGGUGGUCUGGGUGGGAUGCUGCAAAAAGGGGCGGUGUAGACUUGUUGGGCUGAAGGGUCUGUUUCCACACUGUAGGGAAUCUAAUCUAAUAAUAUAAAAAAUUAUUGAGCCCAGUCACUUUAGCAUCCAGUCUAAGGACCAUGGCACAUAACUUCUACCUCAUUACAAAUAGAUUAAGGCCAGGGUUGAUUAAAUUCUCUUAGCUAAAGUUCACAAAAAAAAAUUGUUGUCAUUUGAAUUGUAAACGACAGUGUUGUUUGCAUAACUGAAUUGUGUCUCUUGCCAUUCAGUGGCCAAGCAAUUUUAGACUAAUGUGUUGCAGAAAAAAGUUAAAAAUUGAUUUUUCUUUCACAUGAAAUACAAUUUGACAAAAUAUCAUGAGCACACCUUGUGUUGAUUUAGUUACCAAUCACCAAAAAGUUCUACGUAAUUGUCCAGGUUUGUUAAAAUUGGCAGUGACUCUUCAUGGAGUGUUUCUCCAUGAAAUCACACUCCUCUACACCCUCCUGAUUCUUAUUAAUACUGAGGCCCUGGUAUUUAAAAAUGUUUCAACUUAAUUUAAUUUGAAGAAAUGUGCCCUGAUUUUGACUAUAUUUUUCUACGAAAUGUCCAAAUCUAUUCCCAUGAGCAGUCAUUUAUCUUUUGUGUUCCAGAAGCUUCUUUAUUCAAUCCCUGCAGGCUGAUCUCUUAACAAAGAUCCCUCUUGUGAAAAUGUGUAUGCUAGAUUUUUGUAUGGUUUCUACUGCAUUAUCAACCAUGAUUUGGCAAGAUUGUUAUUACUAUUUAAACCAGAUGUUCUGAGUAAGUAAUUAACAAUUUUAAUUUUCAAAUAAACAGCCAGGGAUUUGAUUGUGUUACGAUUAUGUUACUGGUCUAGUCAUCCAGAAGUCUGAGCUAGUGCUCCAGAGAAUGUGACUACAUAUUUGAGAAUAUGAAUUAAGUGUUUUAAAAACAUCUGGAAGUAAUUUUUUUUCCUAGAAUUAAAAUUUAGAUUGUUGUAAACAUUCAUUUUGUUCCCUAGCCGCCUCCUAAGUAAGGUAACCUGCCAAUCUUAUCUGCGUUCAAUUGAUUCAUGAUUUGGAUUGAUUCCUAGAAAGACAGUGCUGUCUUUUGAGGUUAGAUCGACUGGAAUUGGCAUCUACACUCCAAAGUUUCAUAGAAUCAAAGGUGAAUUCAUUGAACUAGGUAAAAUUCUUUUGCAGCUUGACAUUGUGAUAAACUGUUUUGCUGCUCAAGAACCUAGACCCCCACAGCGUGUUUGUCAUGACUGUUGCCGCUACAUGGUACAGGUGUGAGACUGACAGAGCAAGGCCUCAUCCAGCAAGAUGUCUGCCUCCUUGACUGAGGACUGCUAACCAGAAAAACACGUUGCCUGAUUGUGUGACUAUGCUAAUUUGCAGGUCAGGCAAGGCGGGGAUGAUCUGAACGUACAGGUGGGCACUUUGUGAGGAAGUGCUAU